ACAACAAAUAGAUCGGCUCUCAACUCGAUGCAAAUUUUUUUCAAAACUAGUUGUGAUUAGAAAAUAUCAGUGUAUUGGGCAUGUGACACGUACUUAUAUUGAUUUAUCAGUUAUCGUUUUUAAUUGCGCACCAUGAACAACACCAAGCACUUUCGUAAAGGCGAUGAACAGCCGACUUUCCCUGACGAUGGAAAUUAUCGUUUGUAUUCAAUGCGUUUUUGUCCGUUCGCUGCUCGAACGCAUUUAGUAUUGGAUGCAAAAAAUAUUCCAUACCAUACGGUCAAUAUUGAUUUAAAAGAUAAGCCCGAAUGGUUUUUCACCGCAAAUCCGCUGGGAAAAGUGCCGGCAUUGCAAUUAAUGGAUAAGCCAAAUUCACCAUUUAUCUAUGAGUCUUUAUUGAUUUCUGAGUAUUUGGACGAAGUGCAUCCACAAAAUAAACUCUAUCCAAGCGAUACGUUGGCCAAAAUACAGGAGAAAAUUUGGAUUGAACGUUUUUCGUCGAUUGCAACGAAAUUUCAUCAAAUGUUCACCGAUGGUAAUUCGCAAUGGAACGAAAUUCAAAACGGUCUUGAUGCAUUCGAAGGGGAAUUAAAUCGUCGCGGUACCACAUACUUUGGUGGUGAAAAGCCAAACAUUUUGGACUAUUCUAUUUGGCCGUGGUUCCCACGGACCGAAGCACUUGAUGUUAUUUUUGGCGAUGGUUGCACAUUCAGUGAUGCACGUUUUCCGAAAUUGAAAAAAUGGUAUAAGUCAUUGCUCGAGAACGAUGCUGCUGUGAAAAAGUUCGCCUAUCCAAAAGAGGCAUAUGUCAAAUACUACAAAUCACGGCUGGCCGGCAAUCCAGAUUUUGAUGUUUUGGUACAAUGAACUUGAGAUUCCAUUGAAAGCGAGAAGCGUUGAAAUGUGAUCUUCUUGCAUGUAUUAAUUUUUAAUUUUUCUUGUACUUUUCAAAAGAGCGUUCGAAAAAGUAUGGUUUUUCGAAGAAAUAAAAUGAUGAAUUGUUUGGCAAUCCAAUAAAAAACACCAUGCUUUUUUUAAUUAUGAAA